AUCACUUUUAAAUUUGUUAACACUCUUUUAAAAGAACAAAAAAAGCAAAAAUAAAAUAAAGAUAUUAUCACCAUGGCUAACGCAAGAAGUUUGGUCGCCAAGGCAAACAAUAUUAACGUAGGUUCAUUGAUUCUAAUGGCCUUGGUGUUUGGUUCUUGCGUGGCUAAUGGUGAAUAUCUCGGCGGCCGCCGUGGUCUCGCCGCUAAUUCCGGUAACCCCACGGUCUAUGAUAUUACUAAGUUUGGAGCCGUAGGAGAUGGUUCCACCAAUACUUUUAAGGCGUUUUUGAAGACAUGGAUCCAAGUGUGUGAUAGUCCAGUACCAGCAACGCUACUAGUUCCUAAGGGACAAUUUUUGGCUGGUCCAGUCAUUUUCGCCGGUCCAUGCAAGAGCAAAGUGACCGUCAAUGUUCAAGGCACAAUCAUCGCUACGACCAGCGGGUACGCAACUCCCGAAUGGUUCUUGUUCGAACGUGUCGACAAUCUCGUCCUCACCGGAACCGGCACAUUCCACGGGAAAGGUGAAGCUGUCUGGAAAGCAGAUGGUUGUGGCAAAAAGGUCCAAUGCAAUCUUCCUCCAACGUCUCUCAAAUUCAGGAACAUGAAAAAUGUUGAAAUCAAUGGCAUAAGCUCGGUGAACGCAAAGGCCUUCCACAUGUUCUUAGUCAAAACUGAGAAUGUUAACAUCCAAAACAUUAAGCUUAGCGCACCUGCUGAAAGUCCCAACACCGAUGGUAUCCAUUUGAGCAAUGCAGACAACGUUAGCAUCCUCGACAGUACCAUAGCGACUGGAGACGAUUGUGUUUCAGUCGGUCGUGGCUCCAACAACGUAACCGUCGAACGUGUGAUUUGUGGUCCAGGACACGGUCUAAGUGUCGGUAGUCUUGGUAAGUACAAGAACGAGGAAGACGUUAGCGGAAUCCACGUUAACAACUGCACGAUGAUUGAGACCGACAAUGGUCUUAGGAUCAAGACAUGGGGUGGUUCAGAUCCAAGCAAGGCUGUGGACAUUAAAUUUGAAAACAUCAUCAUGCAGAGUGUCAAGAACCCAAUUAUCAUUGACCAAAACUACGGUUCAAGAGGCGGAGAUUCACAAGUUGCUAUAAGUGAUAUAUUGUUCAAGAACAUUAGAGGAACAACAAUUACAAAAGAUAUCGUUCAGAUUAUGUGUAGCAAAUCGGUGCCGUGCAAAGGAGUCAACGUUGUUGACGUGAACCUGAACUAUGUAGGCAAGACAGGAGGAGAGAAGAAGUCGUCGUCCGGCGGUUUGGUCGGAGCUCUUUGCGAUAACGCCAAUGUUAUAUUUGGUGGAAAACUUAGCUUCCCUAUGUGUCCCAAAUAAGCUUUUUGGUAUAAAAAAAUUUACUAUUA